CCGAGUCAACCAACGUACUUCUGCUAAAGCUUUCCGAAGUUUUGUUUUGAUGUUUUUCAUCUCAUCAGCAAGAAUGACUUCCACCGCAAGACUCGCCUGGUUACUGCUUGCUAUUCUUUCCAUCCGGGCUGAAGCUCAAAGCCCUUCUUGUGCGCCAGCAAAACCAGCUAGCUGGAAUGGUCUAACCGGCGAAGCACUGUAUAAGCAAGUUGAUCGAGACUACGCCACCUAUGUCGGCGAAUUAUCCGCCAUUGCCAGUGCCAACGUAAACAAACCGCUGAACAAUGACACUGGGCUUUUCCUAACCAUCGUCAUCCAAGGGCAACAGAAUGCCCAGUUGGUGGGCGACAUCGCCAGUGGAAAGCAACCGGUCAACGAAGCCAACUGUCUCACGAUUUCCAACCAGACUGUCACCCAGAUUAACGGCGUUAUGCAGCACGCUAACGACGUCAUUCCCGGCGCCACCUGCGACCAGCUCAUACAGCAGAAGGCCAACUGCGAUAUGGCACAGACCGGUCUGCAAUGCGAAGGAAGAUAUCAAUACAUUCUCCAGCAGCUGGGCCAAGUGUUCGUAGAGCUGUUCGUCGUGGCUGAUGCCAAUGCCAACGCAACCAAUCCCGGGAAGUAUCUGAACAAUUUCCUGAGUGCCGCUCGCAACGUCCGCAUAAUGCAGAGUGUCGUAGCCGGUACCGCCGGGCCAUUCAAUGCCACGGCCUGCGAGUUGACGCUUAACGACAACGCCGCACAGUUCCAAACUGUUCUCAACUCCCUCACUGAUGUUUACUAAAAGGGCAGCUUGUGUCUCGAGCUAAUAAAUUUUGUGGUAUUGUCACUUUUAGCAGUCGAAUGUUUUUUUAAAUCCGAUUUACACUUCCAAUUAAAAUGUUUUCGUUCAACCGGCACAAUGAUCCAAAGUCCGCAGCAUGCGAAUACAUCGU